CUGGGUGCAGCCACAGUCCGCCGCAGAAGUGCUUGUUAUGUUGGCGCUUACAAGACGAACAGCAACUUGCUUGACUUCAGUGCUGAUUAUCUACAGUGUAUGUCAUAUGUUAGCAGUUACCAUGAUUUCGAUGGCAACUACAGGUCCGAUGAUCUCGCUGUGUACAGGCUAGGCGAUGAUACUUUUGAUUGAGCACGAAAUGCAACUCGCGAACAUAUUACAGUGGAACCAUGACGUUCAGGUGUAGUGACGUGCAUUGCGAGUCCGCCGUCCGAGAAUUCAUACCAUAGAACUUUAGCCUCAAGCAUAAUUCCCGCAGACGCUAAACCCCAACGAUGGUCCAUCAUGUACAAAAUAACUUGGGGAUGGUGGUGUUCUACAGCUUUUUAGCCGUCAUUAACUCAGCAGUGUUCGUUGCGACGCUGUUCCUUCGCGACAGCGGAUGGAUCAUGGCCGCGACAUCUGGUUUAGGGAAAUGUCUCCUGCUGGAUUCCGCCCUUCUCCCCAUCACCGUGUGUCGCCGUAUCCUUGCGUGGGUUCGAGAGACGCCACUGCAUGCCUUCUCCCCGUUGAACAACCACAGGAAGGUCCACAGAAUCAUAAGUCUGUCCGUGUGCAUCAUUUCCGUGGCGCACUCCGCCACGGCCAUCGGGCAUUAUUAUGUGAAAUCCAGAAAGCCAGGCAGCCCCUCCCUGUUCAGCCUGCUCUUCCACACGUCCCACCGCUUCGGCUGGUUGAACCUGGGCCUGCUGAACAUCUCGGGCAUCGCUUGCCUCGUCACAAUGGCCAUCAUCGUCGCCACAUCCCUGCUCCGGCACCACAUGACCUUCCUGGCGUUCUUCCUGACGCACCAGCUGUACGUGGUGCUGUACGGCCUGAUGAUCAUCCACGCCGGCAACUUCUGGGUAUACCUGCUGCUGCCGGUGUGCCUGUGGUCGGCAGAGCUGUUGCUACGCUUCAUCUAUAGUCCACGACCCUCCAACAUUGUCGAGGUUACACUGCUGCCGUCCAACGUGAGUGCCUGUCGGUCUGCGCUGGCUGCGUCCAGUUCCCCUUUCCGGGACCUAGCGGUGACUGUUGCUGCCAUCUAG